UCGGUGAAGAUGGCGGUAAGAUUGUUUCCAAAACUUGUUCUCUUCGGGGAUUCCUUAACUCAGGAAUCUUUUAGUGAAGGAGGCUGGGGAGCAACACUGGCAGAUUAUUAUCAAAGGAAAUGUGAUGUUCUUAAUCGAGGAUUCAGUGGUUACACAUCAGCAUAUAACAAGUUCAUUCUGCCCAAAGUCCUUCAGAGUGACAAUAAUCCCAAGGGUAGUACUGUGGCAGCAAUUGUGCUACUUGGUUCAAAUGAUGCUGUCUGCAAUGAGACAGACCCACGGGGACUUACUGUAGAACAGUAUGCUACAAACUUAAUGGACAUCUUAACACAAUUCAUGAAUGAUGGCAUGGAAGCAAGUCAACUAGUUUUAUUGACACCACCAGCAGUAGCAGAUGAUAAGUACAAGGAAUGUUGUGCAGAACGUGAUGUACCAGUAAGCCUUUGGGAUGCCCGGGUAAAACCUUUUGCUGAAAAAUGCGCUGAUGUGGGAAAAAAGCUUGGAGUGGAGGUUGUCGAUCUUUACAAGUUAUUCCAUGAACAGCCAAACUGGGAGUCUUUUGUAAGUGAUGGCCUACAUUUUUCAAAAGAGGGAAACCAGUUUGUGGCACAGCAAGUGAUUCCAGUGCUGGAUACCAAGUUAGGACACUUGCCUAUGAUAUUUCCUGACUGGAAGGAUGUAGACCCAAAGCAUCCAGAUAAAUACUUUUGUAAUAAUUAGCACCUUGGGUUAAUUACCUUUAUUUACUGACCAAAACAAACAAUUAUUAAAAACAUAAAAGCAUAGAUCGUAAGUAAAAACCACACCAAAUGCAUGCGUAAUCCAGUGUAUCAGUUAUCAAAUAUUUAAGUUAACUGUUAUGGAGACAAAGUUUAAUAAUUGUAAUUGUGCAUUACAUCCAAAUAGACAUUGUAUGAAUCAGAUUUGUAUAUUUUUAUUACAAUAAAUAUGACACACUUCUACAA